AUGGCAAACGCUAAGCUCUAUGUCGCGUUCUAUCGACCCCGAUAUGGGAAUUAUGAGCAUUGGGCCUUGAGCUUGGAAACAGAUACCCAAGCCCUCAUUUUCGAAGUCAUAGGUGAUCGCCCAGAUUUCAAACGUAACGUGGUGAAGGCAAAUCCAAGGAGCUCUGUGAGCUUCAUCACAAUGAUUUUGAUGGGCGAAGUUAGUUCGGGUGAUAUUGACACAGUGCAGGAGGUUGCACGGACCACAAAAAUCGACAAUGAAACUCUGGAAUGGGAUUGCCAGGAAUAUGUGCUGGAUGUGCUUGAAACUUUGGAGAGUGAAUUUGUCGUGGACCAAGACGAACAGACUUACAAAGAUGCGAAGAAGGAGCUGAAGAAGAAACGGGGAACUAUCUUGUAA